AGCUGAUGUUGAUUGAAUUAUUUAUUUUUGUGUUAUAACAUUUAAACAAAAUUUAGAUGAUUCCAUUAUUCGGAAUUAUCUUUUUUUAGAAGAAUAUUCUCACAUUGGAAUAUUAUGAAAGAUUGGAAUAAACAUGCUUACAAAUAAUGUGACUACCCUUGAUUGAAAUGUAUACUAAUAGAUGUUUAGUCAAUGUAAUUCUUAUAACGCUAAUAAGUGUAAAUGCUCAAAAUGAAUUUAAUCAAAUCGAUUCACCUACUAUUAUUGAUAGUUUAACAUUUCCUUUGAUAAUAGAUGAUUUAAAUGUAGAAAAUGAACAAGUGAAGUUUCCUAUCAAAGAACAGAUAACACCAAAAAAUGUAUAUCAUACAGAACCGAUUUCUGUAAGAAGAAGAAAUUCCAAUCAAUCAGAUUACAAAUCUAAAUACUUUGACAAACCAAAUAUUGGAAAUGAAUUUAAUUAUUCGGUUUUCGAUGUUGGUGAAUCUUUAUGUCCAGAUGUUUAUUGUUUUGCAAAGCGUUUAUCUUCUUCAGAUGAAUUAACAUUUGAUUGUAAAAGUCAAUCGUUUGAAGUUACCAGUGAAGACACAAUGAUCGACUGCCACUAUUGGCAUGUGCCAUCACCAGGUGCAGAUUCUAAUCAACAGCGUCAAUCUAAACAGCAUGGAAAAGGGUAUGAUUUACGAAUUGUCUUAAAACCAUCUACAAUAAGCGCGGAUGAUUUAUCUUCAAAGUCAAAUAGCGCUUCGAGAUUACGAAUUAGUCAUUUAAAACCAGGAGUAUUAAAUUGGAUUAUUGAAACAGUUCGACUAAGUCUGAAAAUGCCUUUGAGUCCUGUUCAUUUGACAAUUUCAUUUAUUUAUUUCAAACGUCUUGGACGAGAUGAUUUAGGCAAUCUAGCAACAAAGUCACGUGUAACACACUUAAGUUUAUGGAAUCCUUUCUAUUGGGAUGAGGAUAGUUUUAUACCUAUUACAAAUAAAACAUCGAAAUCAUCAAAUAAUGCAGGUUAUUUGGAUGAAGGUCCGCCUUAUUUUCGUCUUUCUCUGUUUUGUGAUUAUGAAAAUCAAAACCCUUCGUUUAGACGUUUAUGGUUUCCAUGGAAAAGUUGGCAACUACGUCUUACACAUUGUCCCGAUCUCUAUAAUUGUUGGCACUGGUACAGUAAAUAUCCUAUCUGUGAUUUGAAACAAUCGACUGAUAACCCUGAGAGACUGUUAAAGUCUUUUAUACCAUCUUAUUUAAUCUCACCCAAGUCAUUAAUGAGUUCACCCCAGUCACUAAAACAGGAGACUGGUAUGCAAAUAUUAUAUGAUAACCAAUGUUUGCCGAACCCCAAUCAAACAAAUAUUGUUAGCGAUUUAAAAAUGAACUAUCGAGACCAAUGUCUACAAUCAGAUAAUGACAAACCAGUAAGGGAUAUUCAAACAAGUAAGACUACACUACAACAGACAACAGAAAUGCGGACUACGACUGCUUCAGUUAUUAUAAUGCCUACAACUAUAAACACAGCGACAACAGUAAACAGUACUCCUAGGACAACAACAACUGUUACCACACCUUUGGUGACGACAUCUAAACAUUCCUCUAUUACUCCAUUGUCUACUACUUCUACAUUUACUACUACUACUACUACUGAAAAUAAAACAGAUCUCAUCAUAAAAAUAGACAAAACUACGAACAGCUUAAACUUAACUAAAAAAGAGAAAUCUCAAACCGCAUCUAUACUAAACAUGAAUACUUCAAAAAUCUAUCCAACUGAUUUAUCAUUUAAUCAAUCAAAUAUUUGGUCACCUAAUCAUAAAGAAACAACCUUCUUAGAUCAAAAAUCAAACUUUAACAAAACCAUUCCUAUUAUAUUAAAUCAAGAUAAUCUUAUCAAAGAUGGUAUAUCUACUGAAUAUUUAACAAGUGGAUUAAUCUUAUUAGCUAUAUUGAACAUCAUAUUAAUCAUUUGUUUUAUUAUUUUGGUACUAUGGAUUCGACGAAGAAUAAAAGUCAAUUCAAAGAAUAAAUUGACAAACUUUCAUGAACUUUAUCAAGACUAUUCAGGGAUCGAUAUUAUUGGUAGUAAUAAUAAUAAUAGUCUUUAUGCAACUAAUCAUUGUCCAUUAUUAAUAUCAACUAUAACAGGUUCGUAUAUAUCUGGAUCUCAUCCAAAAUUAAAUCAACGUCAUCAUUCAUUUCCUAAUAGUUCAUUAUCAUAUUCACAAAAUUUUAAUACAUUUCUACCAAUGUCUACUUAUAAAACUAAUAAUAAUCAUAAAUAUAAUAGUAAUCAAAGUCAACAAUUUUUAUUAGGUCGAUCCACAUCAUAUUCAAGUAGUAUGUGGAAUGGAUCGUUGAAAAAUGGUUUAAACAAUAAUCAUAAUAAUAGUAGUAAAGGUUAUCAUAAUGAAAGAGUAUUAUUAACUAACCGACUGUAUAGUAAACGUCAUUUAAAUUAUUCAUUAAAUGGUCUUUCAAUUGAAUCUAGUCAACAGAUUUCAUCAACUCCAUAUAUAAAUCAAAAAGAGAAUCAACUAAUCAAUCUCCCAUUACCUUAUCAUCAUAAAGAAAUAAAAAACAAAUAUUCUUCACAAACUUUGAAUCCAUCACUAAUCUCAUCAUCUUCGCUAACUACUGUGAAUGUAGCAGAAGUUAAUACACAAAAAGAAAGAGAAUAUAAAAGUAUUUAUGGUUCAAGAAAUCGUCUUUCCAAUGGACAACCAUCGCCAACACCACUUCGUGAAAUAAAAAAAUCACCGGUUGUUAAUUAUCGUAAAAGUAAAAGAAAAAUAGGUAGUGGUAGACCACCAUUAGCUUCUUCUAUCAAGAAACAGCAUACAUUAGUUUUUGAAGAUGAUAAAUGGUCAGAAGAUUUUAAAACAUCUUUACAUAAAUUAUAAUGAAUAAUGUCUGUAGAUAAUAUGUAUACAGUCAUAUUUAUGAAUAUAGAAGAUCUAUUUACAAUAUCUUAUAAGCAAUGAAAAAAAAAACGAAAAUUAUUUUUCAAAUUUUUACUUCAUUUAAAUAAAAACAUCCAUGAAAAAAACAUUAAUCAGUCAUCUUGUGUUUUUUGUUGUUGUUUUGUUUAAUUAUUUCCAAACUCUUUUUUAUCAUGAAUAGACAAUUUUUUUUCUCUUUUUUUUUCUUUUGCUUACUUAUCACUAUGCAUCAUAUUUUUUAGUUCAAUAUUCAAUGAAUCUAUCUCAUUCAAAUGUAAAUGAAUUUGAAACGAUAAAAGAAGAAACAGAAAUUUCUAAAUAAACAAAUCACCUAUUUGAAUAGAUUUUCAAUAGUUUGUUCAUAUUCUAUGAACCAAAAAAAAAUAACUAAAAUUUUAAAAUUAUUUAUAUUUUUUUUCUUUUUUUUCGAGAAAAGGAAAAAAAAAGAAAAAAAAUCAGAACCGUUUUAUGCUUUGCAAAUAUGGACAUUUCAAAUCAUUUAUAAAUAUGUAUUACUUAAAUUCAAAUAUGUAUCCAUAUAUAUCCAUAUAUAUAAAUAUAUAUGAAUAACCUUGAGAAAUUAGAAAAAUAUUCAAAUUUCAAAAAUUGUUUUAUUAUUCUUAUUUGUUUGUUUAUUUAAAUUUUAAAAAAAUUUAAUUAACAAUAAUUAGCGUAAUAUUCAAAAUUGUUUAAAAAUUUUCUUUUAUUGUAUAGAAUUAUUUUUUAAAACAAAAAGAGGGAGAGAGAGAGAGAAAAAAAAGAAAAAAAAACAAUCAAUAUUAGUUGUGUUUAUAUUUUCUUUUAACUAAUUUUCUUAUUACAUUACAUAACAGAAAACUGAAACUCUAUGAGUUUUACAGCGCCCUCCUCGCUCUUCCCCCCUUUUUUGCUUCUUUCUUUCUUGAGAAAUACAUUUUGAAUUUUGAUUUAAAUACAAAAUGAGAGUAAUUCAUAGAAAAUGAUUGUUUAAUUUUAAUGUAAUAAAAGUUAAUUUAUAAUGAAUAAAUUUUAACAUAAAAUAUACUUUGAAAAUUGUUUAAAUUAAACUAAUGUUAUUCAUUUUAAUUUUAGUUAAUUAAAUACAAUAAAUAAAAUGCUAUUUAGCCCCCAAAUACCUUGUUACGGUUGAGAGUGAAAAGAGUUCUCUCUGCCUCUUGAAAUGAUUUCACAUGGCCACUUGUAUAUAGCCUAUACCAGGGAAGUCCUACUCAUUGCCUUCUCGCGGAACUACUGUUGUUUACAAAAUUGGAAGAACGGAAAGCGAAUGCCCGGCACUCUAACGGGGUUGGUUGACAUGGAAAGUUCACCUAGGGGA